AUGUCUGCUAUCAAGAACGUCGCCAUCACUGGUGCCUCCGGCAGCCUCGGAACUGUCAUCUUUGAGCGUCUCAACGCUUCAAAGUUCGAUAUCACUGUUCUCCGCCGCCAUGGCUCCUCUUCCACAUUCCCUAAGGGCACUAAGGUCAUCGAUGUCAACUUUGACUCCCUUGACGAGCUCACUGCCGCCCUCCAGGGCCAAGAUGCACUCGUUUCUUCCGUCGGCACCCCUCUGCUCCAAGGACAGAAGCUUCUGGUGGAUGCCGCUAUCGCAGCUGGAGUUAGCCGCUUUCUUCCCUCCGAGUUUGGCUCAAACCUAGAUUUCCCCAACACCAGAAAGCUCCCCGUCUUUGCCCACAAGGUCGAGGUCCAGGAUUACCUCAUUGAGAAGGCCAAGACUUCUCCUAUCACCUACACAUUCGUGUACAACUCUGCCUUCCUCGACUGGGGUCUGCAGCACAACUUCCUCCUGGGCCAUGCCGACGGCAAGCCCGCCAUCUUCGACGGCGGUGACAUCACCUUCUCCUCCACCACCCUCAGCACCGUCGCCGACGCUGUUGUCGGUGUUCUCAACCACCCCGAGGAGACCAAGAACAGGGCCGUCUACAUCGAGGACACCAAGAUCACCCAGAACAAGCUCCUGGAGCUCGCCAAGAAGGCCAACCCCUCCAAGAAGUGGGAGCCCCAAGCUGCCAAGCUUGACGACGUGACGGCCAAGGCCGACGCUCGUCUGGCCCAGGGACUCUUUGACGCCGAGACCUUUGUGCCUUAUCUCUUCCGCGCCAUCUUAGACCCGGCCUAUGGAGGCAACUUCAAGAAGACGGACAACGAGCUGCUCGGCCUCAAGGGCCUUACUGACGAGCAGGUUGCCGAGGUUGUGAAGAAGUACGUCAAAUAA